AAGACAGGCGGGCUUGGCCCCUCGAUCCAGGCUUCCAUCACCUCGCCAUCAGCGAGGAGCGCACAGCUGACAACAGAGAGUUAGCAGCAGGCAUGGCAGGCGGGGGCACCGGGAAGGCGACCUGCUACGCGGUGCUGGGCGUGGCUCGUGACGCGUCCGCCGCCGAGAUCCGCUCCGCCUGGCGCCGCCUGUCCCUGAAAUGGCACCCGGACAAGCUGAAGGGGGCAGAAGAUCACUCUCGUCUGAAGGAGCAAGCCCUGGCCAGGUACCACGAGAUCCAGGAGGCCUACAAAGUGCUGUCGGACCCGUCGAGGAAGGCCAUGUACGACGCGGGCCUGCUCCUGCAGCAGCAGUUCGAUGCUGCCCACGGCCACGGCGGCGACAAGCGAUAUUUGAUCGCCAUGCAGGAGCGUCUUGGCGCCAGCAGCGAUACCGUGGACGAGCUGUCGGACAAGGUCCACAAGAUUGAGAUCAAGAGCUCCUCCUUGUCGGCUCGCACCGGACGGCCAGCCUGUGGACGGAUCAAUCUGUUCUUCACCUUCACCACCGCGGCGGCGCCCGACGCGGGGACCAGCCGCGGCGCUGCCGCCGGCCCCCGGUAUGCCCGAGGUGCAGGCUCCUCCUCGGCCCCGCCCCGCCGUGCUGCCCCGCGCAAGAUGCUACGACAGAAGAUGAUUGAGGCCAGGCUGCGGUGCGACCGCAAAGACUAGCUGCUCCGUUCGCCAGCCGGCGGCCCACCGUGCUGAGAGCUGGAGAAAAUAAUCGUAGCCUAGCCUAGCUUGCUCGCUCCUAUAUGCAUGUAUCCUAGCGCUGGCUACCAAAGCUGUCUGUCCAGCAAUGGUGGAUUACAUCUGGUACCCGUGAGUCCUGUAUAACAAGAGAGCUGUGCUAUGAAUCCGCCAGGCUGAUCGUGCUACCAGUGUGGCGUCACCCGAGGAGUAUC